UCAUGUGACAUAUAGAGCCUCCCCUUCCGGUCAUGUGACCUGUUGGACUGUUUGGGAGCGCGCCUUAUAGUGUUGGCGGGUAUCUGGUAUAUCUGUACAUUAGGAGCUGCUGGAGGACAUCUCAUCUGGACACAGAGACAUUUUACCACUCCACAUUAGUUAACGUUACUCCUUAUCAAGAAAAUGUCUGACUGGACUAGAGGCAGAAGACGUGAGGCUCCCAGCAGCGAGCAGGAAGAUAGGAACUACGGCCCCUCUCGGUGGUCCAACUGCAGAAAACGAGGGAUUGACGGAAGCCUAAGGGGGGAAAAGAGAGAAGAAGAAUCCAGAGGUAGAAAAAACGGAGCGCACACAGACGGCAGCAACAGACACUCUGACAACAGACAUGAUAGCUUCACCACUCCAGAGAGCACAGGCCCGGUGUCUCGCUGUGCUAAACGUGCCGACUGGGGCAGCCAGGUGGAGGAUGACGAGAUAAGGAGGGAUGUACAGAGAGACAUGCAGCGUUACAGGAGGAGGAUACUGGGUGCAGAGGGCACUCAGAGAGAGAGAAAGACUUCCUCUGGUUCUUCUGAAAGCUGUGACUCAAGAGAGGGAGAAAACAUGGAGACUGAUGAGGCCGUGUUGCUACGGCGGCAGAAGCAAAUCAACUACGGCAAGAACACACUGGCCUAUGACCGAUACAUCAAAGAAGUUCCAAAACACAUGCGGCAGUCAGGUGUUCACCCAAAGACUCCCAAUAAGUUCAGGAAGUACAGCCGUCGCUCCUGGGACCAGCAGAUCAAACUGUGGAAGGUGAAGCUGCACGCCUGGGACCCCCCGACAGAGAAGGGCCAAGACAACGUCAAUGAGGACAUUGAGGAGCUGGAUCUUGAUGAUGUCAUGGACAUUGAGCUGGACUUCCCAACUUUGUCAGAUUCCCAGGAUGCUGCAGCGCCUGUAACCACACAUAGUCAAUUACUAGAGGGUGAAGACUGCUCGGGGACUCCAGUUAAAGUACAGAAGACAGAGAACGCAGUGACUGAUAUGGCAUAGUUCACUGUGAGAGAAGAAAAUCCAACACGUCGACACACUUCUCACAUGGAUCAACCAUUCUGCCCUGGACCUUCGGACUUCUCCCACUUCCACAGAAUGACUCUGUACCAGGUACCAGCUGAUUGAUCCGUGUCUCAGCUGGUUGUUAUUAGCACUGUAACAUAUAAAGUAUUCAGUUUCCAUUGCAGCGUGCUUCUUAAUCGAUAGUUUGGGACCUUUUUUACAGAUUACUAAUCUGCUCAGGGAGUCUUUCUUUGUGGCAGGAUUUUACAGUUGCAUGUUUAAUCAAGCUUAAAGGUCAGUUUAAAGGGUUUAGGAUUUUGUAUUCAUGAAAAUAUUUGUAGCACUGGUCUGUGGUUGUGUUCAGCAGACAUCCAGGUUUAUUGAUGUCCAAAUAUUAAAUCACACCCUGCUCAUACUUGCUAAAUAGAGUGUAAGAAGAGAAUGUUUGUUUAAAGUGUUUAAAGGAAAUAGGCAAGCCAAAGGCAACGUAUUUUCCUCUUAAUAAUUCAUAUUGACAAUAUUUCAACUAUGUACAAUUUUAAAUACUGGAGAGCAAUUCUUUAGUUAUAUUGGGUUGGUUUGUUUUUAUAUUGUUUUUGACAUGCAAUUGUUGCUGUGUUUAUUGCUGUUUCUUUCAAGGUGACUGAUUUCAAAUAAAAAAAAGAAACUUGAAUGGCUGGUA